AUGUUGUCUUCAGAGGAAACACAGGAUGAUACCAUCCGCAUGAAGGUUGGAUAUAAUGGUGACAUCCUGGUAACAAGUAUAGCCAGUGAAAUUACAUAUGAAAAUCUGCGGAAAGAAAUAAAGGAAAUCUGUAAUUUUCAGGCUGGUCAGUUAUUUACGAUGAAAUGGGUUGAUGAAGAAGGUGAUCCAUGUGUAUUGUCCUGUCAGGUAGAACUUGAUGAAGCUAUACGUUUGUAUGAAUUAAAUAAAGAUUCUGAACUCACCAUCCAUGUAUUUCCUAACGUCCCUGAAAAACCUGGUAUGCCAUGUAUCGGAGAAGAUCGUAAUAUCUACCGUAGAGGCGCCAGACGUUGGCGGAAGCUGUACAGAGUUAACGGACAUUUAUUCCAAGGAAAACGGUUCUCUAAGAAAGCUAUCUGCUACUUUUGUUCUGAUCGGAUUUGGGGUCUUGGUCGCCAAGGAUACAAAUGUAUUAACUGCAAAUUAUUAGUUCACAAACGGUGCCAUAAAAUGGUAAAGCAAGCUUGCGGAGAUACUGUGGAACCUUUACCUGUUAAUUCAAUGAAGGAGACCCCUAUUAUUAAUAAUGACGAAUCCCCCCAGAAUGGAGUUCAUACUCCAGUUCAUGAAAGCACCAAGAAUGAGAGAAAUAAUGAGGAAAAGACACCUGUGCCACAGACACCCAGUGAGGUAUUGUUGUUCUCUUAUUUUUUUUUUUUUGUUCAAUGGCGUUUGUUAGCUGCAUGGAUUGGUUGUUGGUGUGUGCCUCUUUACAGCUAA